CCCGCUACACAUUGUCGCCACACUUUUCCCGGAAAUCUCCAUUUAUUUCCUGCUGCCGUUUACUCCUGUGUUUCGUCACCUAUUCUGUCCGUCCAGUUUCAUACUCGGAUUAGCUUGCGUUUUCUUGCUGAAAAUUUGUAAACCGCGAUCAUAGACUGAAGGACUACCUCGCUACCUAACAUCGUUUCAGAGACUCAUCAUCCGAUUCAGGCUCAUCUGUCAAAAUUGAAACAACUGAAGCCAAUGUAGGAAGUCCAGCUGACGAAAGUCCCGAUAAUCCUCCACAGCCUAGCUGUUCUUUGCCACCGGAAUCUGUCGAUCAGCUAGCAGUGGUGUUCCCCAGAAUCUCGCGGGCACGUUUGCGAGAAUACUUACAUCUAGCCAAUGGGAAUGUCCAAUGGGCCUCGUCUCUGAUUCUGGAAGGCAUGGAAGUCGCCAAUGAAAUAAAUUCGACAAGGGAUGAAGAAAAUUCAUUAUCCUCGUCAGACGCGGACGAUGAGGAUACAACACAUGAAGCGGCAUCUACCAGUCAUCUAGGUAUCGAUCCAACUAAAAGCGUUUGUACGCAAGCAGAAGAGGUGUCAGUAAGACCGGUAACCGUUGAAGUACCGUUGGCGGCUACAGUGUGUGGUCCGAAUGAAGAAACCGCUACCGAUGAGCCACAAGCUCAAGAAGAAACAAAAGGGAUACGUAUUUCUCGGGAGUUUAUAAAAGAAGCACAUGAGCUGUAUUCAUACUCUUCCGGACUGACAGCCGUAGAACUUUCUCCAGAAGCCGUACCUGAUUUCCUUUUCGACGAAUGGUCUCCUGAACCCGAACUAGUGCGUGCAAUCUAUCAAAGUUUUAUGCGCUAUUUGGGAGUACUGAACGGACAAACAACUGCUGUUCCACGCAGAUCACCUGACCACAUUUCCCACCCAUCCUCUCUCAGAUUGCCUUCUCGCCGAGGCAGAGGACGACAUUCUCCAUAUGUUGACCGCGGAGACCAUUUUUCCGCAAUAGUGCAACAAGACGAAGCGCUGUAUCGCUCCGUGCAAGAUUUUCGUUCUUCUUUGGAUGCACCGGUUGUCCGUCGUAUCAUCGAUCGAUUGCUGAAGAAAGUGCCUGGCAUCCAGCGAUCAACGGUAGAAGAGGCGUUUGUUCGUAACGAUUUCAGUGAAAUCCUGACCGAACGCGAUUUGCUAGAAACCUACCAGCAAUUGCGUACUAGUCCUUCUAAGUCAGAAGGAAGUUUGGACUCCAAACACACCACUAUCUCGGGAUCACCAAACGUUCAAAACGAGGACCUUAGUUUGAAGGAAAUACAGGAUGAGGAGGAAGCUGUACGUCGUUCUGUCGAAGACCAGCGCCCAAACCUUCAACCAUUGGCUGUUCAGCUUUCUCUUUGCCGGUUGAAAUCACAGUUUCCUGGAAUUGAUGCAAAGCAACUGGAGACACUACUGAUAAAGUUUGAUCUAAAUGAAGAGAGUUUGGUGAACCAACUGACCAAAGAUGGGUUUGCAAUCCAGCCGGUAUCCCCUCUAAUCUCUACGGACCCGCAGGACUUACAACAGUCCUUCUCAGACGAUACCUACAAAGAAACACCUCAGCUAAUUGACGAACAGGUUGGGAUAGUGCGACAGCGUAUUGGCAAUAUCCGCCAACGACUCUAUCACCAGAAGGACAAGAGAAUCAGUGACUAUUACGCAUCCGAGCUCAACAGCCUUCAUUGCCAGCUGCGUCCCCUACUGCUCAAACGGGCUACAAUUCUGAUUAGCAACAGAGCAAAAGAAUUUGAGAGACAGUUGCUUCAGGAAGGUGAUGCGCCGGCUGUAGCGUCUUCAAAGGCUGCGGCCUACAUAGAUUUACACGGCUUGGAUAAAACGUGCGCUUUGACGGUACUUCGGCUACAGCUGACAAAAGUUGAAGCGAAAUUGAACAGCUCACGGAUUCCGGGAUGUUGUCCCAGCUCGUGUGCCAUAGUGAUCACCGGCCGUGGAGGAAGUUCCUCAACGGAUCCAGUCCAAACAUCUCCGGUGCUUCGACCCGCGGUAAUCAACUACUUCCACACUAACGGGUAUGAGUUCAGCGAGAGGUAUACCACGGGUUCUGGCUACUUCACUGUACAUCUGCCCGGUAAAAAGUCCAAACGCGGAAACGAACUAGGACCUCCUGACGCCUAUUAGCCUGUGUACCAUAACCUUAUUUCUGCCAAUCUCUUCCGCAGGUGAUUUUUUCUUGUUUCCGCGUAUCCAUACUUAUCGAACGAACGCAAAAAACUGCCUAGAGUUCGCUUUUUGGUGAAUGUCCCCCCACAGGUUAUGUCGAGUACUUAGCUUCACUACAGUUCAUGUGAGCACUCAAUUUGAAAUCGAUAGUUU